GCAUCAACAUAUAAUUGAAGGAAGUACAUGGCCGAGAUGAGGCCUAUAUAUUGGGAAUCGCAUAUGGAAGGUGAAAGACAUUGUGGCGGCAAAUGAUAAUGCGUCUCCGUAUGCAAAUAUUUUGCCGAGUAUAAAUUAUGGAUGUGGUUUACGAUUGAAAAUUUCACCAACGCUAAUAGAAAAUAAAAGGUCAAAGACAGGAAGGGAAAGCGCCUGGUCUGAGUCAGAGACAAUGCAUUACCAAACAUAAAAUCUUAGCCAGAGGUUGGAAUCAUAGAAUAUUAUAAGAGAAUAUCUGUGAUGGGAGACUUGUUGAAAGAGGAGCUGCUCGACCUGAUACGCAGAUUCAAUGCCCAACUUAAUGCCAAAAUGUCCAAUAUCAUUGCCCUCUUCCUCAAUCACAAGAAUGGUUCUAUUGGAGCCAUUGCAGGACUUGCUAUUGCGUUUGUUUUUACAUGGAGGUACCUGAAAGCUCCUGUAGGACGUCCAAGAAGAUUAGAGAAACCGAGAAAUUCAUCAUCAGCAACUACUAGUGACAACUCCCAGUCAGCCGGGGAAUCAAAUUCAUCUUCUGGUGCUUGUCUGCCUUGUUCAAGUUUGAAUGAAUAUGGUGUUUCCUCUCAGGAAUUUACUACUCCAUUACCGCUAAGUCUGGCACAAGUUGUGAGGCAACAGUUGAAUGGUGGUAGGAAGGUUACAUGUCAAUUGCUUGGUGUGAUACUCGAGGAGUCCACUCCAGAAGACCUGCAGAAGCAUGCAGUUGUGAGGCCUUCAGUUGUGGAUGUCCUAUUGGAGAUUGCAAAAUCUUGUGAUCUCUAUCUAAUUGCAAGGGUUCUUGAUGACCAAAGUGAGGAAAAAGUAAUUUCUGCGUUGGAUGCAGUUGGAGUGUUCACAAUUGGUGGCUUGAAUAGAAACAAGGUUCUUUUUUGCAGCACAGAGGCAGGGAGAUCAUCCUUUGUACGGCAGCUGGAACCAGACUGGCAUAUUGACACUAAUUCUGAGAUAAUAUCUCAAUUAGCUAGAUUUAUCCGCUACCAACUUCAUAUUUCAACUUUUGGUGUGGGAUACAUUGCAUCUAAUGUGUUUGGAUCUGAUAGCUUGGAGCACUACUUUGGUUGCCUUGAAAAAAACUGAGGCAUUUCUAUGUAAACACAUUGUAAAUUGAAAACAGUCCGUUUGAGUAUGAUAACAGGCUUCAUAUAGUGGUUUAUAUAUUAGUGCAUUUGUAUUCUAUGGAGUGUUCGAAUUACACCACAAAUUCAUUAUUCCAUUCAUGUUGUCUUUGACUGAGGGUUUAAAAAUUGACAGCUUUGUUACCUAUUAAUAUCUCAAUUUUUAAGCGAUGCAUAAAUUUCAGUGUACUUGAAUCUAAAACUAUUGUUCUACCUGGGUUAUUAUGUUAAAAAUAAAGUGUUGAUUUCAUUGUA